AUGCUGUGCGCUACCCGUCUCUGCAUGAGCCAGGCGCCGAGGGUCCUCAUCACCGGCGGGCUGGGCCAGAUCGGAACCGACCUCACGCUCGCAAUGCGCGAGAAGUUCGGCGCUGAUUCCGUUCUUGUGAGCGACCGGAUUACGCCACCUGCGACGCACCCACUUGCUGGUGGGAAGGGGUUCCAGGCGCUGGACUGCAUGAACCGGGCCUCUUACGAGCAGCUGGUGAAGGACUUCAAGCCGACGUGGUUGUGCCACCUCCCAGCGAUCAUGUCUGUUCGCGGUGAGGCGGAGCCGCAGCUGGCUCUGGACUUAAACGUUAACACCACGCGCUACGCCCUUGACCUCGCGCGCGACUACAAGAUGCGCUGCUUUAUCCCCAGCACCAUCGCCGCCUUCGGUGAUAAGUGUGGCAAGGUGAUGACGAAGGACGACACGGUGCUGAACCCCUCGACGGUGUACGGCGUCACCAAGGUCUUCACGGAGCUGCUUGGUACGUACUACCGCGAAAAGAUGGGCGUGGACUUCCGCAGUGUCCGGUUCCCCGGCAUCAUUUCCGCUGCGACGCUUCCCGGCGGCGGCGCGACGGACUACGCGAUCCACAUGUACCACUGUGCUCUGAUGGGCAAGAAGUACGUCUGCCCGGUGCAACCCAACGAGCCGCUGCCGAUGCUGUACAUGCCGGACACCCUGAACGGCGUGCUCAAGCUUAUGGAGGCGCCGAAGAGCAGUCUCAACCGCGCAGUGUACAACAUCAGUGGCUUCAGCCUCACCCCUGCGCAGCUGAAGGCCAGCAUCGAGGCGCGGACAAAGCGCCCGCUGGAGGUGGAGUACGUUGAGGGGCCCGCCCAGGGCAUUGCACACACGUGGCCCGAUUCCCUUGACGACACCAACGCCCGCAAGGACUGGGGCUACGAGGUGAAGUACGACCUCGAGAAGAUGACGGAGGACAUGCUUCGGCUGAUCCCGAAGAUGCACGGCCUUCCGCCGUUGUAA